AUAAAAAUAUGAAUUUUUCUCUUUUCUUUAACUAACAUAUAUUCUAUGUUGUUACAGAUGCUACAUGCAAAAAGAGGAUUUUGUGAAGAAAUUUGAAAAAAGAACAAGAAAAGGACUCAAUCGAAGGAAUUGAAAAGCUGAGGAUGAAAUCUACCAAGAUAAAGCCACAAAUCCAGUCCAAACCAAAGAAGUCAAUCUCGUACCGUACCGGUCGGUAUGGUCGGAACGUACCGGUUUUGACACUUGACCGAAACGAUCUGUUUCUGUUCUCCUUCUUCAUCAGGAACGACGAACGCCACACGCCGCACGUCGCGAACGUCUUCCUCAACCUGUCGCCGGUGGGUUGGAGAUUCAGUGAAUGCUUCGCUUCCGUGAUUACCGGCUAGAUCUGCUUCAUCUUCUCCCCAUUUUUGGUAGCUGCCGAACCUUUCUGCUUUGGUGAUUACCGGUGAUGAAGGUGGAGGCUGUGAUGAUGAUGAGAUGCUCAGCAAGGGGAUGGUGAAGAUCCGAGGUGAAAGAACAGAGGUGAUGGUGGCGAUGGUGGAUCUGCAGAAUGGAGAAAAAUCAAGUUUUUUUUUUUCU